AGUGUACACAGGUGUGUGAAGGUGAGCGGGUGGGUGCUGCGCCGGGCCGUGGUGAUCGUCCAAUGAUCGUAAACCGGCGGUGGUCUGUCAGAGGCUGACCGAGCAGUGGUGCGCAGAUCGGCUGGAAUAGGGAGGUCAGGUGGUGAAAAGUGACUGGUGCGAUAACAGUGCUGUGGGUGACCGGGUCAAUAGGUGACCUUGUUGACCGGAGGUCAACUCACGUGUUGACCUUUGGUGAAGUGUCAGCUCACGAGUUACCCACUAUCCCCAGACUAGCCCGUCUGGCGUCUGGGGACACACAUUCGCCCACCCCUUCCGUCGGGGUGCCGUGUCCCGUCCCCAUGGCUGCGGCCUACAUGGACACCAGCAGCAUCAGUAGCGGCGGCGCCGACAUGUCUCCCGACGAGCCCCCUUUGGACGAAGCGGCGGCGCGUGCGCUGCUCGCUCAGAAGGAGGAGGACCUCUUGCUGGCGGCGGAGCUCGGCAAGGCACUGCUGGAGAAGAACGAACAACUGAGCGUGGAUAACGAGAGGACGGCUGCCGAGUAUGCCAGACAUCUGGAGGACCUGGAGCAGGAGCGGCACACUCUCCGUCUGCGGAUCUCGGCCAUGGAGGGAGAGCAUGAGGACGAGGUGGUCCAGCUGCAGGCCGACAUCGCCGCUAUCAGGCGGCAGAUUCAGGCGCAGCAGCACUCGGGGAAGGACUGCGAUAAACAGCGCUCGCAGAUGCUGGAGGACAUGACGGAGCAGAACCAGCGGCUCGCCAGGCAGCUACGAGACGCUGUGAAGGCGGAAAAAACACACCAUGGAGCAGCUGGAGCACCUGAGGAAGCAGCAGGACCUCCGCAGGGACAGUUUCGAGUUCCACGUCUCACAUGUGGACGAGAUGAAGGAAGAGCUGGCCUCUCUGGAGCAGCAGCGGCGCGAGCUGGAGCGGCGCGAGCGCUCCCUGCUCGAGGAUCGCGCACAGCUCGAGGACCGGCUGCGCGAGACGGCUGAGCGCCAGCUGCUGCUGGAGCGGCUGCAGCGCGAGCGCGGCGGUCAGGUGCGCGACCAGCGCCGCCAGCUGGAGCAGCUGGCCGCCGCCAAUAACUCGCUCAGUGACCGGCUGGACGCGGCGGCCGGCCACGGGUCGCCGGCCAGCACCGGGCACACUUCGCUGCACCACGAGCUCGACUCGUCGGCGGACGAAGGCAUCGGAUCAGUAACGAAUGUCCCAUCAGCCGAGGUCACGCUCAUGGAGUUUGGCGACGAAGUUGAGUGCGACGACCACCUAGCGGCCAGUUUGGGAAGCUCUGACUUGCAGCAACUCCGCCGAGCGGCGCUAGUGACCACCAGCCAACUGAAGGCUCUAACCGAGCAGGCUCGUAUUGGCCGGGAGAAGCGCGAGCUAGCUCAAACCACAUCGGAGACCUCUCAAAUCAUGUCGGACACCUCACAGACCCUCACAGAUGCGUCCCUGGCCGGUGGAGAUUCGUCCAUGGCCGGCGGAGCGGACUCUGUACUCGGAAGGAUGGACUCGGCGAUCGGAGGAACGGACUCCAACAUGUCCGUGGUGCCUCUUUCAGAGCCUUCGUUGGACGUCACACUGAUGGAGCCGACAAUAUCAGAUACGACAAAACUGCAGCCGGGCGAGCUCCGUGAGGCGUUCCUUGCGCUCCGUUCCGAGCUGGCCGGCCUGCUGCCGGCGGUCUGCACUGCCGGCUCGUGUGACGACUGCGGCCGGCCGGCGCAGCUGCCCAUCCAGCAGCAGAUGCAGUCGGUCAGCCAGCAGCACGAGCAGCUGCAGCAGGAGCACCAGCAGCAGACGGAGACGCUGCAGCAGCUGCAGAGCGAACUCGAUCGGCACGACAAACAGCUUGCCAUAAGAGAGAAGCAAUGCGUAGCUUUACAUGAAGAAAAGGAAGCACUGAGGUCGGAACUUGAUGCGGCCUAUGUAACCAAAGAGGACUUGGUCAGGAAGGCGUGGGAGGCCCGGGACCAGGCGGUCCAAAGGAAGAACAACGCCGAGAUGGAGCUGUCCAAGGCGAGGAUAGACGUGCUGCAGACCAACUCGCAGCUUCUGGAGUCGAUCCAGCACAAGGUGCAGCUCUCCUGCCAGCUCGACCAGUGGCAGUGGGACAUGCAAGAGCUUAUCGACGCCGAGAUUCACAAGAAGCUGGUCAUCAACGAGAAGCCCAGAACCAACAGUACAACGGCGGCGAACAAGGGCCGGAGAUCCAUCAUGAGCUUCUUCAGCCGAUCGUAGCCACACCUACCAUCCCGAUCGCAACUUUGACUGCUGCGCUGGCCGCUAGGUGUCAGCGCCGUGGCCCAGACGACGUGGGGUCCGCGCGCAAUCUGUGAUAUGUGUCUGAUAGAUGUUGACAUUUAUGAAUUUUACGCUUGUACCGUGUCAUUUUGUGACUGAUUCAUGUCUUGAAUAAAUGAAACUGUUACCU